AUGGAAUGGGAUCAGCAAAUCCAACACUUGGGAGGCAUCCUGAUGGGACUGUUGAGCGAGGGGUUGGAAUUGAGUCCCAAAAAGCUACAGGAAUUGACAUGCCUAGAGAGUAGGAUGAUGGUGGGGAAUUACUAUCCAUACUAUCCCCAGCCCGAUUUGACGGUCGGCUUGGUGUCCCACACGGUCCUAGGAGUGAUCGCAGUGCUCUUGCAGGACCAACUCCCAGAUCAUGUCCAACAACGAGUACAAAAGCACAAAGCAUACGACGUUGGCCAACCUAAUCAAGAGCCAAAUGUGUCUAUUGUAGUUUUCUACAACUUGAGCAAUUUGGAUAUCCAGCUCAGAUUAUUGCCGAAGCUUGUAUCCUCAGAUAAACCUGCAGCUUUUCAGCAAUUCACUGUGGGCGCAUACUUGAGGGCAUUCUUUACUACUGAGUUGGACGAAAGUCUGGUCGAUUACUUCAUGGCAUGA